AUGAAAAUUAAUAGUUUGGAUCAACAUAAUAUCCAUGAUACAUUUAAUAAUAAUAAUAAUAAAGAUGAAUCAAAUCAAAGAACAGCUACAGGAUUACAAUUAGGAUUUUUAAAACGUAUAUUUACAACAAAUAUAAAUACUGGUAGUGCUGGUAGUGGUAGUGGUACAGAUGGUUUAAAUAGUUUCUUUGGUCAACCAUUUCCAUCAUCAUAUAAUUUAUUUGAUGAUAAUACUAAUUUAAAAGCUUCUAAAUGUCCACUAUGUGAUUCAUCUGUUUAUAGUUAUUGUAGUGAUAAAUUAUUACAUGAUGCAUGUUGUUGUUUAAAUCCAUAUGAAGAUCAAUUACCAUAUCAAUGUCGUUUUGCUGAUUGUAGCUUCUUACAUGCUAAUUCAUGUCGUGAACAUCGUUUAAUUACACGAUGUUGUUGUAAUAAUUUAUAUUUAGAGAAUAUAAGUUGA